AUGGUGAUAUGUAAUAGAAGGUUGAGAGGAUUGGAGGCUUUGAUUACACGAGGUCCUCUCAAGGAAAACGAAUUUCAUUCAAUCUUCUCCGGCGUCACCUGUCGAAACCCAGGAGCUGCUAAGAAGAUAUUCGACAAGUACCUUCUUGAGAUAAACAAAGAGCUCUCAUAUGUUAACUUUGAGUUGAGGGCUUGUAGAGAUCAGUAUGAUGGCAAAGUUUGUUAUGGAGUGGUUAACAAUGUGGCCGAUGAGCAGUCCAAACUCGGGACUAUAUAUUCUGUGCCGCAGAUUGCCUUCUUCAAAGGAAUUCAUUAUUUGGAUUUAGAAGUUCUCGUCUACGCUUGA